CUCCAAUUCCAUUGAGGUCGUAGUGAGCCCGAAGACAUCAUGGAUAUGAGGAGUGACGAGAUCGAAUUGCCAGCAGCAUUCGACGCACACGUGCAUUUGAGAGAUGGUGAGAUGUCGCAGCUUGUUACGCCGACAAUUCGGCAGGGUGGUGUGAAUCAGGUGUAUGUUAUGCCCAACCUCAUCCCACCCGUCACAACCGUGCAGCAAUGUCUCGAAUACCGCGGCCGCUUGAAGGCUAUCGAGCCGGAUGUGGAUUACCUCAUGUCUUUGUACUUGCAUGAAUCCAUCACCCCGGAAGUGGUAUGCGAGGCGAAGAAAGCAGGCAUCAUGGGCGUGAAGUCAUAUCCAGCUGGCGUCACGACCAACUCAUCGUCCGGCGUCAUAGACUACGAAACCUUCUACCCCGUCUUCGCCGAAAUGGAGAAACAAAACAUGGUCCUCAAUCUGCACGGCGAAGUUCCCUCCACCCCGUCUCACGCACACUCUUCCACCACAGCCAACAACACCUCCGCAAUCACCAUCCUCAACGCCGAGCCCGCCUUCCUGCCCACGCUGAAAGCGCUGCAUGAAAAGUUCCCACAGCUGCGCAUCAUCCUGGAGCACUGCAGCACUGCCGCUGCCCUCGCCGCUGUCCGCGCUUGCGGCUCCUCCGUUGCCGGAACCAUCACCGCGCACCACCUUAGCCUCAUCAUCGACGACUGGGCGGGCGACCCGUUCUGCUUCUGCAAGCCCGUUGCUAAAACACCCGAGGACCGCGAUGCGCUGCUCCGUGCCGUGGUGAGCAGCGAGGGUAAGUUCUUCCUGGGGACCGAUUCAGCGCCGCAUGAUCGGGUGAAGAAGAGAGGGGAGGAUAAGGUGGCUGCGGGGGUGUUUACGCAGCCGUAUGCACUGGGGUACGUCCUUGAUGCGUUGAGUAAAGGGGUGGAGAGGGGAGUGGUCAAGGAGGAGGAAGUCACGAUGGAGGUAGUGGAGGGCUUUCUAGGGGGUUGGGGGAGGAGGUUUUAUGGGGUCGAGGAGAAGAAGGGGGAGAGGAUUGUGCUUAAAAGGGGGAAGGAGAAGAUCGUUGAGGUGCUGAAGAGGGAUGGAGUUGGUGGUGCGGAGGUUGUGCCGUUUAGGAGAGGAGAGGAGACAUGGAGUGUCACGUGGAAGUAGUGCAUGGUGAAUCGACGGCAUCGCAUGAGAGGCAUUUCGGUACAGUAACAAAAUCUCUCCCCCCAAAUCCCUAAAACCCGAUGAGCCUGAAGAAAAG